GAGAUUCUUCAAAAUGAUGAUGAUGAUGCAGUUGAUCCACAUCUUGAACGCAUUAAGAACGAAGCUGGUGUGAAUGAAAGUGAUGAUGAGGAUGAGGACAUUGUUAUUGACAAGGACGACGAAGGUUCUCCAAACUGAUGAUUCUGGGGAGGAAGAAUCUGAUGCUAGUGAAAGUGGAAAUGAGAAAGAGAAACCUGCGAAAAAGGAUCAAAGGAAGGAAGCUGCUGUUGCUGCAGCUGCCUCUUUUUCUAAAGAAAGUAAGAAGAAAGGUAGAGAUGGACAAGAUGAUGGAAAGAAGAAGAAAAGGAAAAAGAAGGAUCCUAAUGCACCAAAGAGGGCAAUGACCGGCUUCUUCUAUUUUUCACAGGCAGAAAGGGAGGUGGGUCUUAUAUAUACACACACACAUUUAUAGUGAAGAAAUAGGGCAACCAAUGAACCGAAUCCCUUGAUUUGUAAUGCUCAUCUGCAUUAAAACACACUAUUUCGACUUACAUAUCUAUCUACAGUGAGUAAAUUUGGUAA